AUGAAUUUUUCGAAAAUUUUCUUUGAAGUGAAUGUAAUCCUUGGUUGUACCUUAGUAAGUAAUACAUCACAGAUAAAUUUAGAAGAAGAUGAUGAAAUUAAAGAAAUGUUAAAGGAGUAUGUAAAAUCAAAGAAUUUCUUGAAAAAGAAUGUACCUUUGGUUAUAAGAUUGCUUGAAUCUAAUUACAGUUAUGCAUCUAAAGAUGAAAUUAAUUCAAUAGUAAGACAAUUAAAUAUUAAUUUUAAGAAAAAACAAAUUAAUAGUAAAGAUCAUUUAGAUAAAGAAAGUUGUAUUAAAGAUUUUAAUGAGUAUAUUCGUACUACAUAUGACAAAAUGUUUUUAAAUUUUGGUGAAUUGAUAGUUAAAAAAGUUAAAAGCAGUGGUAAAGUUAAAAAUAAUCCAAAGUGUUUAUCAUAUAUACCCAGGUUUUGUAUUGAUAAUUUUAUAAACUCGUUAAAGAAAAAUCAAUGUGAUAUUAAACUUAAUAAUGAUGAAUCUCUAUUAGAAAUUUAUAUGGAUUUUUUGUCAAUGUAUAAAUUUUAUAAAGACGUAAUUAGUUCCUAUGAAAAGUUAAGAUUUCUUAUUGUUCUAAUAAUUAAAGUUAAACAAAGAAUGUUAAACUCUCAUGUUUUUAAAAAUAAAAAUAUGUUUUAUUCAUUUAAAUUUGAUGGAAUAUACUCUCCUGAGAUAAAAGAAUAUUUAUGUGAGGAAGUUUUAUCUUAUAUUUUAAGAAUGAACAUUGAAAAAAAAUGA